AUGGAUCAGCUGUCAGACGAGGAGCUGGACCAUACAGAGGGAGGAGGAGGAGAGGAGGAGGACAGUGAUAAAGAGGAUCAGGAUCUAGACAAGAUGUUUGGAGCCUGGCUGGGAGAGCUGGAUAAACUCACACAGAAUCUAGAUGAUGGCUUCACAGAGACUGUAAAGAAGGCCCCUCAGAAGGCCCCUCUCAGAGAGGAGACCAACAUGGCUAACUUCUGUAACCGCUUCUCCAUGUACAACAUCAACGAGGCUCUAAACCAGGGUGGCGACAAUGUAGACCUGGAUUCCCUGAUGGCAGACCUGUGUUCCAUAGAGCAGGAGCUAACCACCAUCGGCAAGCCAAACGCCAAGCUCCGCCAAAAACCCACCGCCGGGCGCAGCAGCAGUGCCAAGGGGCACGGUGGAGCUGGAGGUAGUGGAGGAGGCACCUCCAGCAGCGGGGACAGUACCUCCUCCAGUACCCGGGCCUCACCGGCCUCUACGGUGGCAGCUCGCCACGGGCGCCCCAUGGCUUCCAACCUGUCCCUGGAUGAUAUCACGGCCCAGCUGGAGCAGGCGUCUCUUAGUAUGGACGAGGCUGCUAGACAGAGCUCCCACUCCCUGGCCAGCGUCUCUUCCAGCUCCACCUACUCCACCAUGCGGAGGCCCGCCUCCCACCAUCACACACACCGCCGGACAGGCUCGGUGGGGACGGUCAGCGAACACGAGGCCCUGUCUUUCUCCCUCUCGUCUCGGUCGUCGGUGAACUCUGCGUCGGCCAGCAGCAUGGAUUCUCUGGAUAGGCCCUCGGAACAGGACGGGGUCACGCCUACACAACAGGGACCCAAUCAGGGCCCCCCGGGCAACACCGAGGAAGAACAGGCUGCCAAGACCAAGGCAGAGAAGAUCCGUGUGGCUCUGGAGAAGAUCAAGGAGGCCCAAGUUAAAAAGGAGAUCAGGAGAUCAGGAGAUCAGGAGAUCAGGAUAUCAGGAGAUCAGGAGAUCAGGAGAUCAGGAGAUCAGGAGAUCAG